UUGACACCUUUCAACUCAAGUGCUCUGGGCUCUGACCAUUUUUGACAUGGCUGAUUUAUAGUUUUUAAUGUUGGCCGAUUUGCGGAAUAUGUGAGCCGCUCCUUGAGUACUUGUCGUUCGUUAAAUAAAUAUUUAAUACAAUGGCUGCAUUGAUCAAGAAGAGGGUUCUUGCCGAGUUUAGCCAAAGCCAGGUGAUCAAUGAGGCCCCAGCUAAAAAAAUUCGGACGCUUCGGCUUUCUACGUCUACAAAUAACAAAAAUGGCACCGCAGGUAGCGACAGUAGCUCAGCAUUAGCCUACAUUGAACUUCUUGAUAAAUGCAAGGCUGGAAACGAUGCAUUGCAGCUAUUGUUACGAAUAUCUGAUUCCCUACCACAAUUACAAGCAGAGCAUGUCCCAAUUGCUGCAAAGAGACUUGCAGAACGGUUCACGAAUGAGACAGAAGCCUCGGUUCGAGCAAAGAUCCUCUGGUUGUUUGCAGAAUUGGGAGAAGUUGCCGAAGACGCAGCAGAAAAAGCUAACAUUAUUGAAGAGACAGUGAAUCUGUUGAAGAACGAAGAAUCGCAUCGAGUUAAAAGCCAAGGUCUGGCAACUCUUCUGAAACUCGGGGAUUUCCAUAAAAGUGCAGCAUUGCAGGCAGCUCGCGAUCACUUGCCAGACACUUGGCAUGGAGUUCAGACCCAGUGCCUAUCAAUAAUUGGACGUUUUUUGUGUCCGAAAUCUUCAGAUGAAAUGCUGGCAUUUGUUGGAAGCUAUGCUCAUUCGCAGGAUCCACGAGUUCGGGCUCAAGCAUUUGAAACCAUGGCUGAGUUACAUUUACGUAGAGGAUGCCGUUUACCAGCUAGCCUGUUUCCAGAAACAUGUGAGGCACUUCGGGAUGAUUAUGAGAUUGUUCGUCGAGCUGUUUUGAAGCUGAUAUGGCUGUUGGGCGCUGAGUACCCCGAUAAUAUCAUGGCUGGAGAUGGUGAAGAAUUACGUAUGGUAGAUUGUGCAUUUUCAAAGAUCUGUAGUUUGAUGGGUGAUUUAUCACCUCGUGUGAGAGCUGCAGCUAUAUCUUUACUGGGUACCAUGAAAGGUGUUUCGCGCCGAUUUAUGGAGCAAGCAUUGGAUAAAAAACAAAAGAGGGGCAGGGACGUGGCGCCAGAAGUUGAGGAAAGAAGUGGAUCGUGUGGAGCAUUUAUCCAUGGUUUGGAGGACGAAUUUUUGGAAGUGCGUACUGCAGCUGUAGAAGCUCUGUGUUCUCUGUCCCUCGAGCAACCAAACAUAGCACGUAUAUCUCUUGAUUUUAUGGUUGAUAUGUUUAAUGAUGAGAUUCAGGAUGUCAGAUUACGAGCUAUAGAGUCAUUGCGUAAAAUAUCUGCUAGUGUCACCUUGAGAGAAGAUCAACUUGAAACUAUACUUGGAGCAUUGGAAGAUUUUUCUGGAGAAGUAAGAGAAGGGCUUCAUGCUACAUUGGGUACCAGUCGAUUAGCGACGCGCAACUGCCUUCAUAUGUGUGUCAAUCGUUUAUUGGAUAAUCUUUCCCGUUACCCUGAAGACAAAGAAAGCAUUCGGGUUUGUUUAGCAUCUCUGGGAGCAUCACAUCCCUAUCUUACCCUCCCCCUUGUACCCCAACUACUCGGUCGGCAUCCAUUUUUUGACACACCUGAGCCUGAUGUCGACGAACCCUCUUAUGCCAGUGUAUUGGUACUAAUAUUUAACGCGGCCAGACAUUGUCCAAGUAUGCCAGCUCUGUUCACAGAGCAUGCGGCUAAGCAUUAUCAUUAUCUCAGAGAUACAAUGCCUCAUCUCGUUCCCCGACUGAGACCUACGCCGACUCCGUUGCCUGCUUUGGAAAAAGAUGAUAGCGAGAAUAAUGAUAUGAGAGAUCGAAGAGGGAGAGAAUUUUUGGAGAGGAUGGUCGUUAGUGUGGAAAGAGCAAGGCCUGAUGGCAGAGUUCAUGCACAGUUAUUAGAAGUUGCUGGUGUUGAACUAGACCGAUUAGCGGAAAUGGACUCCGGGAUGGAAGGAGCAGCUCGAUUCACUGCUCUUUAUAUUCGGUGUCUCCUGUUACUAAAGUCGAUUGUUCCUGAACUUUCUACUCUGCCCGCAAGCUCAGCACCUUCUAUUACUGGCUCGAAUACAUCUAACAAUGUUGUUCUCUUACUUCAGCAUGCCCAAAAACUUCAACGACUUUUCACAGGGUUAGGCGCAGAAGAGAUAGUGCUUGCAAAUGACAUACGGCUCAAAGCAUUAGCUGUAGAAUUGAUACGAUUCACACGUGGUGCUACGGGAAGCGCGUUACCUCUUGCUCGUCACUUCCUUUUAGAAGCAGAAGCCCUUGCCUCGGAUUCCAGGAAGCUGCCACCAUUUUCAAGAGCAUUGGUCCUGCAACUGCCAUCCCUUGGAGAGGCUAAACCUGGUACUUUAACUCGACUUUUGAUACCUUUACUGUUGACGUCUUCUUCCCAAGGAGAGGAGAGACUCCCGAGACCGUCGACAAUGACUCGUAUAUGUCGGGCUAUCAUUGAGGAACCAAGAGGUGAUGCAGAUGCUGCCCUGAAAUUUACUGGUGGUUUACUACUGGGGAUUCCAUUAACGGCAAAAAUUCUCAAUCUUCGAGAUCCUGCAAUGCUGCGCAUCAAACUGCGCCAUCCUGAUCAGCAGAUCCAGUUACUACUUCCUCGACAAUCUGACCUACGUGCGUUAACUACUGAACAGAGCGACUACAGAUUAAGGACGAUUGUGCUUUUGUCUCAUCAAGUUUGGAUGGAAGCUUGUAACGUUGAAGUGUCAUUAGCAUUGCUUGUUCCUUCAACACCUGUUUGUACUCAUCCCCCACUUGACGAUCCGUGUGUUAUUGAUCUGUGCAAACCUGUAAAGGUGUCAGUAUCACCUAAGCCAAUUAAAAGAGGAAUUUAAUUUAGAUCCAUUUUGUGUUUUCGGGACCAUUAAAUUAUCAAUCUUGCAUAAAUAAGAAGUGAUUAUGAUUAUGAAAAGUAAAUUGUUAUUGUUACAUAAUGACAACAAUAUAGUACAAAUAUUUUGAUCAUAUGAACAAAAAAUAGUUUCUCAGUCACAAUACGUAUAACACACUGUUCAAAAAAUAUUCCUCCGACUCUUGUAUUGAAGAGAUAAUGAUGUGUUGCCAUUGAGUCUUAUUAUCUCCAACUUUGGAAUGAGCUUUUCCUAUAAAACACCAAAAAAGUUGGAAUAAAUCAUGUUGUUCUACUAGAACAUAAUAACGCAUGUUACGGAUGCAACUGGUUGUUCUGUUCGGAAUUUACAAUCUAUUGAUGUAUUUUUUUGACUUGAUCACUUAUGUAAUGAAGUUGAAAGCAUCAGACUAAAAUAAGGUAACAAUACAAUUUCUUGCGCAAGUGAA